GCAUGCCUCUGCCCCAUUUUGGAGUGCAGCGCCACACUGCAGUGGGCCUCCGGCGGCGCGGUGGUAGGCCACGCGGCCCCUGUCGUCCGUGAGCGCACGCCCCUGUCGUCCGUGAGCGCACGAGCGCGCUAGCAUCGACGCCGGCGCCCCGCGAACGAGGCAGCCCCUAGCAUCCCGGGCCCGCGCCGAGGCGCCGGCCGCGCGGGGGCGCCAUGCCGCCGCCGGCGGGCGAAGAAUGCCAGCUCAACGCCAAGACCUUCCACAAGAUGAAGAUGACGACGUCGGGCCUGCAGGGCGUCGUCGAGAACCUCAACAACUCGCUCAAGGUGCUCGACGCCGAGAUCGCGGCGGACGCGGCCGGCAAGCACGAGUAUGGCAAGGUGAUCAAGGCGCUCGAGAUCCGCCGCGCGGAGCUGCAGGCGCGGCACGACGACAACGCGGCCUGGAGCGCCAUGUACGACCGCGACAUCGGCCCCUUCCAGUCCAAGAACGAGAAGAACGUCGAGGGCAUCAAGGUCUACUACGACCGCGCGCGCGAGUUCCACGGCCGGGGCAUCAAGAUGCUCGAGGCCGAGUUCGCGUACCACCCGCUCUUCAAGCACCCCGGGGACACCUUCAACGCCGUCCCCUUCGCGCCGAAGAAACUCUAAAUUACUACUAGU